CAUGGCCUGCAUCGCUCUGACUCCGCUCUGUUCCACACAUUGCUGACUCUCGUCUCCCUGCUCACCGUCAUGCUCAACCUGCUGGUCGUCGUCUCCAUCUCCCACUUCAGGCAGCUGCACACCCCCACCAACGCCCUGCUGCUGUCGCUGGCUGUGUCUGACCUGGUGGUGGGGCUGCUGGUGAUGCCCAUCGAGGGGCUGCGCUACCUGGAGACCUGCUGGCUGCUGGGGAGGCUGAUGUGUGCUCUGACUCCGUAUGUGUCUUACUGUAUGAUCUCUGCCUCUCUGGGUCACAUGAGGCAACCUGCAGUACCGAAAGAGAACUGUGAAGAGAUGAUCAUAGGAAGUCGAAGAAGCUCUUAA